AUGGGAGUAGAUUAUUUUUGGGAAUUAUUGUGCGUCGGUCAAGUUAAGCUUCCUACUGGUCCAAUAAUGCAAAAUACGCGUUUCGGUUGGGUUAUUUCAGGGCCUGUAGUUUCCGCAAUCGCAAAAUUGACCUCACAUUGCAAUUUUUCUAAACUCUCGGUUACUUCUGACGAGAAUGAUAAGAGUUUCUCGUCAAAAUUAUGUCAACUAUUAGAACGCUUUUGGGAAAUCGAAGCUAUAAAAACUCAAGCUCCAAUGUCAAAUGAAGCAAUGAUUUGUGAAGAACAUUUCAACAAAACGGCAUAUCGCGCACCUGAUGGCCGAUUUACUGUAACAAUUCCUUUUAAAGGAAGCAUAGAACGAUUAGGUGAGUCCCACAAAAGCGCGGAACGUAGAUUAUUGAGUAUGGAGCGCAAAUUCAAAAGACUUCCUGAGUUUGGUGAACAAUAUAAAAGGUUCAUGCACGAAUAUCUCGAAUUAAAGCACAUGCGUAAGAUAAAUUGCAAAACAUCAGCUGAUUUGCAUUAUUAUUUACCACAUCACGGGGUUAUAAACGAAUCUAGCACUACUACCAGAUUGCGAGUUGUUUUCGAUGGUUCUUGCUCAACAACUACUGGGUAUUCCCUUAAUGAUUUACAAAUAGUUGGUCCUAAUUUACAGCCUGAUUUGUUCAGCGCUUUAAUCAGAUAUCGUAAAUAUAUUUACGUAAUGGCUGCAGAUAUUAGAAAAAUGUAUCGGGCGUGUUUAAUAAAUCCCGAACAGACAAAACUUCAGCGAAUUCUUUGGCGUGAUUCUUCUGAACUUCCAAUAGACACAUACGAAUUAUUAACUGUGACAUACGGUACAGCAUCAGCUAGUUAUUUAGCCACGCGUUGCCUAAAACAAAUAAGCUUGGAAUGCUCCGAUCCGGUUGUAGCAAACGUUAUUGGUAACCACUUUUAUGUCGACGAUCUAUUGACUGGAGCAAACUGA